ACGGUACACAAUGAAUAACUAUCUACUAUCUAACUUAACUUAUAGGUUACCGUAUCGGUACCGCAUUUUACAUGGAAAGGAAUGAAGUCUGCUUUGUGUGUUUCGUUUCUCCAAACUCCCAUUGGAAAAAUCAAAGUAGUUCAGUCAUGUUUAGGUGUGAAGGAAAUAAUAUUGGACAGAGAUUAUAAUGUCUUCGAUGGAAUAAUAAAUUUCAAGAAUGAUGAUUUUGAUGUAUCUGUAUUAAGUUAUAAUGGUCCAUGGCAUGAGUCGACAGAUGGCACAGUGGAUUGGAUAAAAUUAUUUUUUGCAAAGGGUGACAAACGAAAGACUAUGUCAAGGCUUCCCAAGAUAGACAAUGAGAUUUACUCAAAAGAUAAUUUUACUGGAAAAGUAUUGAGAACCUUGGCGACUGAUGUUACACAUGGUAAAACUGUAUCAUAUGCGCAACUGGCAGAAAUGUGUGAAAGUCCAAAGGCAUGUCGAGCUGUCGGACAAGCUAUGCGGGCAAAUCCGAUACCCCUAAUUGUACCCUGUCAUCGUGUGAUUGCAAGCAAUGGAACUGCAGGACAUUACAUGAGUGGAAAGGGUGACAAUAUCAAGAAAUGGCUUCUUGAUUUUGAACAGAAAUUUCCUGCAUGAAAUUGGUUUUUAUUAUGAACUUUGUCGGUUACACUUCGGUAAUUCGAGGUGCGGGUGGUUCGGUACAGAUAUAGAAACGACUCUUCAUAUCUCUAUCAGUAAUUGAAUUGGUACCAGCCGAGAACGGAAUCUCCCUAAAGCUAGGCUUUCAUUGAUGAACAGUUUUAAUCACCUGUUUAUAUAUAAUUCAAUUGUGAUGCAUUGGGAAAAUCAUGUAUGGAAAAUAUGGCGAACUUUAAGAUGAAAAUAAAGUCCAGUGUUUGUUACCUUUGAGACCUCUCUACCAAUUAUAUUUUUUUUUGUUUUUGACCAAUUCAAUCAUACUGAAUGUGCCUAUAGUUUUCUGAUUUUGUACUUCGCCAUAUUUUAUCAUUGUAAAUAAUAAACCCGGACAGGAUAAUUAUGCCUGAAAAAUGCUUGAAAACGCUAGUGUGGGGUUUUAGAGAAACUAUUGUCAACAUUCCGACAUCCUAGCAGUAAAAAAUGUUACCAGCCAAUUUGUCAAAUAAUUUCAUACUAGCCUGUUCAAUGUGUAAAAUCACAUUAUUGUAGGCACUACUACAAGUUUUAAUCAAGCUUUUCAAUACUUUUACUAAUCAUUGUUCAGUGGUUGGGAUCUUUUAUACUAUAAAUCCAAAUAAAUAUUUCUUUCGUAAAAAUACUUGAUUAGACAACCAUGAUUCAUCUUAUGAAUUUCUUCAGGUUCAUUUCAUAUAGAAUGUCUGAAAUCAAUUGCGAUAUACAACUUUAGGAUAACUAUGCUGGAAUAUGUGGGCUGGUGAAUGGGCACAUGAUAUUUCUCAUGUCCUAAACUUUUUUAAAAGUUUUGCUCGCUCUUCAGAAUUCUCAAUUUUAAUUUGUUUGCAUUAUAGAAGUGGCAUCUCAGUCACUGCCUUACAUAUAUCACGGUGCCUCAUGUAACAAUAUUUUUUUAAAUAUUAAUUCA